AUGUUUUGGUGUAUGGAUGUGCCGAAAAUUGCUGCUUUCUACUGUAUUUGCAAUAAUGCUUUUUUUGAUGGUGAUGCUGGUGCUAACGGGAUUGAGCGGCAUGCUAAGAAGAUUGUGCAGUAUAGGAUGAAUGGGCUACAGAAAUAUAUGCUUAUAGUAUACGGAGUUUGCGGUGCAUUAAAUACAUUACGUUGA